CACCGGCGAGCGGCGGCGGCCGGCCGGGCGGCGGCCAUGGACCGCUUCGUGUGGACCAGCGGCCUCCUGGAGAUCAACGAGACGCUGGUGAUCCAGCAGCGCGGGGUGCGCGUCUACGACGGCGAGGAGAAGAUAAAAUUUGAUGCUGGGACUCUUCUUCUUAGUACACACCGGCUGAUUUGGAGAGACCAGAAAAAUAAUGAGUGCUGUAUGGCCAUUCCCCUGUCCCAGAUUGUGUUCAUUGAGGAGCAGGCGGCUGGAAUCGGGAAGAGUGCCAAAAUCGUGGUUCAUCUGCACCCAUCUCCUCCUAACAAAGAGCCGGGUCCGUUCCAGAGCAGUAAGAACUCCUACAUCAAACUGUCCUUCAAAGAGCAUGGCCAGAUUGAGUUUUACAGGCGUUUAUCAGAGGAAAUGACACAGAGAAGAUGGGAAAACGUGCCAGUUUCUCAGUCAUUACAAACAAAUAAAGGACACCAGCCAGGAAGAGUAAGAGCUGUAGGAAUUGUAGGCAUUGAGAGGAAACUUGAAGAAAAAAGAAAAGAAACCGACAAAAACAUUUCUGAGGCCUUUGAAGACCUUAGCAAGCUAAUGAUCAAGGCUAAGGAAAUGGUGGAGUUAUCAAAAUCUAUCGCUAAUAAGAUUAAAGAGAAGCAAGGUGAUGUCACAGAAGAUGAGACCAUCAGGUUUAAGUCCUACUUGCUGAGUAUGGGAAUAGCCAACCCAGUUACCAGGGAAACGUAUGGCUCAGGCACGCAGUACCACAUGCAGCUGGCCAAACAGCUGGCUGGAAUAUUACAGGCCCCUUUAGAGGAACGUGGGGGAAUAAUGUCACUCACAGAGGUGUACUGCUUAGUCAACCGAGCCCGAGGAAUGGAAUUGCUCUCACCAGAAGAUUUAGUGAAUGCGUGCAAGAUGCUAGAAGCACUGAAAUUACCUGUCAGGCUCCGGGUUUUUGACAGUGGUGUCAUGGUGAUUGAACUUCAGACCCACAAGGAAGAGGAAAUGGUGGCCGCAGCCCUGGAGACGGUUUCAGAACGGGGAUCAUUAACAUCGGAAGAGUUUGCCAAGCUUGUGGGGAUGUCUGUCCUCCUGGCUAAAGAAAGGCUGCUUCUCGCAGAGAAGAUGGGCCACCUUUGCAGAGAUGACUCCGUGGAAGGCUUGCGCUUUUACCCAAACUUAUUUAUGACACAGAAUUAAGAAUUUUGUAUCUGAAAUAUGUUUUGCCAAUAUGCUUGCAUUAUACCAAGCUCAUAUGACAUCGUGCUAAGAGAUAAACCCAAAUAAACGAAGAAUUUGUUAGAACUUCACAGUAAAAUAUAAAACUCUUAACCUUUCCCUAAAAUUAUGCUCUCAGAAACUUAUUUAGAGUACAUACAGGAAAAUACAGAAAAAUGAAUAUGAAUAUUCAUUUAUAGUCAUGUUGUAGUUGUAUAGAACUCUUAGAAUUUAACUUGAAAUGUGGUUGAUUUUAAUUUGAUCUUUGAAUUUAGGUCCAUUCGGGAGGAAGAGGUGAAGUUGCAUGUUUGGGCAGAUCAGAUAAUCAUUUUGCUGUGGCUAAACUUCCCUGAAUUGUAACUGUUUUUCUUUGCAUCUGAUGCACCCAUCUUUGGGACAUUCAUGAAGGAAUUAAUAGCUGCACUGUAGCUUCAGAACUGAUGGCACUGAAAAAAAUCAAACUGUAGAAUGCUGAAACAGGCUCUUCCUUGGGGGCUCUUGAGGCAGACUUAGACAUGUCUACCCAACCAAAUAAGAUACCUUUGAACAAGGAGAGGCUAGGAUCUGUUCGGCUUACUUGGAGAGUGCUUGCCUAGGCUUUCAGACCUCUCACCCAAAUAAUGGGGGAAAGAGAGAGUUUUUAAGUGAUAAUUUAAUGACUGGCAUUUCAAAUACUGCAGCAGUAUCAUUUUGUUUAUGAAAUGUGGAUUUUGAAACAGAAUUAAAGAGCGGUAUAGACACACCCAGAGCUGUAAUUACAAGUCGGAGAAUUGGAAGGGCAUUUACUGCAUAGGACCUAAAGUGUUGUUCUGCCCGGAAGCUCAGGGUGUGAAACAGGAAAUAGAAAAGUUAACAGAUCUCCUGUCUCUUCUCACAGGGAGUCUCUACCCUCAACUGGAAACAUAUUCCUGUCAUAGUCCAGCCAUUUGCCUUUCUCCUAUGCCCUGCAUGUUAUCCACUGUGUGGAGAAAGCUCCCAACUAAACAAAACUGGUUAAUAUCACCCACAGGUCACUGGAGCUUUUAAGUAGGUUGCCUGACUUCAGUUGUGUAGCAUGUUGACAUUACCUCAAACUCAGGGAGCCCACAGGACAAAGACUUUCGGAGGCUGAGCUGGAAGUGGGAGGGUGGCGAUAGUGUCACGUUGGAAGCACAGGGAGAGAUGCCCUGGCACACUUUCUGGGGGCCCGAGGAGCCUCCUGCCUGAGGUGGAGGUUACUCAGAUGCCCUGUGGAAAAGGGCCAUGUCAUCAGCUGCAAACCAGGGGGCCGCACUCCUCAUCGCUUCCUGGAAAGUGGCCGCCAUUGCUUCUGUCCUCCUGUGUUGUGACAAUGCUGUGGCCACGGCUGCCUCCUUAGUGUUGUCUUUCAGAUCUGUCACUGCCCCAAAUCACCUCAUUGUUUAUCUCAGGUUUACUUUAGGAUUAAGUUUGUGUUGGCUACUAAAUCUUCUCGGGGUUGGGUAAACCAUCAUGUCAGAUCAUCAGUAAGUCUCACCUCUCUGGGCUGCGCAUAGUCUGUCACAUGGCUCUGAUAGACCUACACACAGACACACGCACAUACACACCACACAUACCUGACUGAGGUUCUUAAAGUCAACAGUCACUGAUAAUCUGUGUUACCACUUGGAUUGGUUGUAAGAUUUUAGGCUGUAGGAGCUGCUGGAUCUAGCUCUAAUGUUUGGAUUCAUCACAACAAACAUGUAAUACAUCUGUUUAUUCGGUGUGACAAUAGAUUAACAAAAGUGGAGCAGUCAGGUUUGUCGAACAUGAAGUAAAGAUGAAUAAAAGUGAUGUAUAUAUACUUUGAAAAAGUCACGUUGAUUAAAAACAAAAUGAUUGUUUGGUUUUUUAUUAUUUGUUUUUUAAAAUCACUGUUUCCAUUCCUUGGUUUAUCUUUUUGGCUUUUCUGGCCAAGUGUGUUGCUUUGGUCCUUGUAGUCCAGGCUGUGUUUGAAUACAAACCAGUCAAGCCCUAGGUGCAAAAAUGUUCUGCUUUGGUGCUCAUCGCUGUAAUUUUUGUCCUCCUAACUUUGUUCUUAGGAGCAUGAAUAUGUACAUUUAUGAUAAUGAGAUGCUUUAGUCACUGUCAAGAAAAUAAUUUACCUUGUAUAAUUGAAGUCUCUUCACAGUUAGAUGAUCGGCAUUGGUGUAUAUAUAGUAUGAUUAUUCUAAAAUUUUAAGCUGAUUUUCUUAACUUGAUGUUCUUUUUAAAAGUCUCUGUAAGAUACAUGAAAAUGAUAAACAUUUAGUCCUACUAAACCAGUAUGAGAAGUUUUCUAUUUUAUAAUCAAGCAUUGCUUAUUGGUUUUCUUUGAGAUUUUAUAAUUUAGUUAUCCUUAAAAAUGUGAAAUGAGUUAUGAGCUUUUAAAAACUCUUGACUAAGAUCUCACUGUGGACCACAUGCAUUCGAAUGGGUCUGUUACUAUAUAGUCCCGGUUACUGGACUAAGCAGACCAGAACGUGUUCGGCAUUUUCACAGGCAAGCACUUCAUGGUUGUGUUUUCCCCAGCAACCUCUGCAUCUUCACUUUGGUACAAUGGAGUCACAACUCGUUAGGUGACUGACUAGCUCUUAAAAACUACCCAAGGUCAAAAUCAAGCAUGUUCAGAAUGACUCUCAAAAAGCCUCUUUUAAAUUGUCUUACAAAGUGAAUCCUGGAACAUGAUAUGUAGGUAUGAAUUUGUUAUGCAUACAGUAAACACAGUAAUACAUGGUGAUGCGCAUGCCAACAGUGGACUUUUAACAACACUUACACUGUUUAAACGUGUACUGCCCUUUUGGCCAAUAGAUAGAUGAAUUUAUGCAAAUUUGUUGUUAAUCCUCUCUUUUAUGAUAGACCUAGAGUGCAAGCUUCACAAAGACAGAUGUUUGCGACUUGGAUGUAUUCCCCAGUCUUUUGCCACACAGUAAUCAUUCAAUAAAUACUGACUGAGUAAAUAAUCUUGAGAUGUAUAAAUACAUCUACACUUUAACUCAUCCAGUUUAGUUAAAAAGACUUUUUUUCUAGAAUACAUAGCUAUGUAAGAAACUCUGAGAAGAAUGUGGCCUCAUUGGGAGAACAGCCAUGGAGGCAGCCGUCACUGAACACAUAGAAACUGCGGCCUGUACCAUCCUGCCUGGUUUAAAUGAUCUUUAAUGUUUUUGUAUUUUUCUUAUUUUUAUUAGUUCUGUGAUAGUUUCAUACAAUCUAUUUUGAUCAUAAGCACCCCCUUUUUCUCCUCCCAGAUCCAACCCCCUUCUUUCCCUGCCCACUCAUCUUUUUGUUCUCUCUCAUGAACUUGUUUCUGGCAUGUGCCUUGGUCUGUCCAGACUUUCCUUACUGAUUUCCACUCACCCAGAAUAACCUAAAUCAUAGCAUACCCUGCACCAUUUAACCUGCCAUAGAAAAACCUGUCUCCUGUAUAUAUAGCUGUAUUUUUAAAGUUUGUAAAAGUUGCUGUCUGCCCCAUACAUUUAACUGUAUCUUUUUCUUCUAACUGCUGCUUUGAGGCCACAAGAAAAUAGAGUUUCUCUAAGUUCAAAGAUUGCCAGUCGUCACAGCCUGUAUAGCUUCAGUUCUAGAACCCAGGCUAGGGGUGGAGAGGGAAUGAGGAAAAGAACACACCCACAGAUAUGUGUGCAGUGAAGCUGGGAUCUGGUGGAUCCGGUGGAGCUCUCUAACCACUGCCAUCACAACCCAUGACCUCAGCAUGUUGGGAGGAGGAGUUAGCUAGUCUCCAAUCUCACCUCUGCAGGUGAAGUCUCAGGCCACAGCUGCUAGUCUGUACGCACUGAUCAUUAUUCAUAGAUGCUCAUAUUCGGGCUCCUGAGGAAAGCUUUGCCAUUCCUCUUGAGCCUGACCUGUAUAGGUAACAGCUCUGCCGAUUUAUAACAGGCCAUUUGGCUUUGGAGUCGUCAACCAGGCUGUGUCCAUGGCAAAACACAUUCAUUCAGGACUUUAGUCAUUUGGGGCGUCCUCCACACCAGACAGUCACAUAGCGCUUCCUUUGAUGCUUCCCUGUCCUAGACUGACCACUGAAAGUUCAUCUCUGAUUGUUAGCUUCACUAAGUGACUCUUUGGCCUAACACUUGCCUCCUUCUAAAAGGCUUCACAGCUCAGCCAGUCUGAGAUCUGCCCUGUCUUACUCCAGUUCUGAGGUGUGAGCUAUAUCCACAGUGUAAGAGGCACUCCUGGAGAGUCAGAUUGCUCACAGACCUUGCUUUCGCCAGCUGCUGUUACAGUGUGAAAACUGGGUCACUUAUGUUCUUCCUGUGUCCUGCUGUGAAAUUGUUGAGUUGUAAUUUCCAGAUCAUUGCUUAUUUAAACAAAGAGCAUUUGUAUACAGGUGGUUAUUGAGUGUAUACAUUUUACAAUUGCACAGGUCACCAGAAUAUUUGCUGACUCAGAAAGAGCUGAGUGAGCCGGGCUUAGAACCCUGGGCCCUCUGAGUAUGCUAGGUUAAAUGCUUGUUCACUGAGCUACAUUCGGAGCUACAUUCAUUGUAUGAUAAAAGCCAGUUUGAGAUCAGUGCUGGCAUCAUACCACUGUCCUUCAGAAAGCUUUUCCUUCCUUUUAUGUUGCCUGUAUUUCAGACAAGAUUUUUGUUGUAUUUGUCUAAUAAAGACAGCAAUACUGUGUCUUCA